CACGUCGCCAGCAGCAUCACCGCCGCCCACCAGAUGACGGCCGCCGCCCUGGGAGCCAUCGACAACGCCCACCGCACCAUUCUCCUUCAGAUGAAUGCCGCCGAGAAUUCCAAGCAGCCGGGUAGUGCGCAAACCGACAGACACCCAGACGGAACGACGUGCGGCCGUCUAUCUGUGUGCGUGUGCAGAUUGGUGCAAGGAGUGUGCUGCGGCUGCUGGGAGGAACAAGAACUUCGUUUGCCUGGUCAGGGAGGAGGUACUCCGCCCGUGGGACAUUCACGGGCGUUCCAACUACAACGAGUACCAGGUGGUGGCCAUCAUCCAAGGCGGCGGGUGCACCUCUAUUGAGCAGAUGAGGGGCGUUUGCCACCAGACCGAACAGGAGAUAGGAGCGCAGCAAACCCACUGCGGGCUGAAAACGGCUUAGACAGAGAUGUAGAGGGCAAAGGAGGGAGAGAGGGAGAGAGGGAAAGAGGGAGAAGGGGAGAGAGGGAGUCACUUCUGCUGACAGCGUUAGAUAGCUGAGCAGCUACACCGUGUGUUGCAGACAGACGGGCUGGCGGGACACACACAUGGGGGACACGGACACACAGAGUUUUAGUGGUCAUUUUGGAGUGUGUGCGUGUGUGAUUUGGAUAAUCCCAUCGGCUGUCUGUGUGUGGCUGUGGCUGCCUGUAUGUGUUGUGUUGGUGGAUGGACUGCCUGACUGUCUGGCAUGGGUGGUGUUGGCCGCGCAUGCCCAUGUCCACGGCCCGGCUGCAGCGUUGCAUUCACAAACGGAUGGAUGGAUGGACCACUCCCAUUGUUUUUUACCAUCAAGCGGAGCGCAUCACACGGAC